UGAAGACGAAGCAGCGAAGAAGAAGAGGAGGAGUUCUUCUUCUCUUCUUCUCUGUGCUGCAGCUGUUUGUUUCUGUCCACGGCGGAGACCCCCGAGGUCCGGUCCUCUGCAGAUUUCUCUUCGUUGACUUAAAAAAUAAACCUUUUUUUUAAUCGGCGAUGGCUGAAGAUCUGCGGUCCGAGCUGGAGGAAUACCUGCAGGGUUUAAACAUCCAGACGACGUGCGUGGAGCACCCGCCGCUCUGCAGGUGUUCACCGUUGAGGAGAUGAUGCCUCACCUGCAGGACGUGAGCGGCGCCGUGACCAAGAACCUCUUCCUGAAGGACAAGAAGAAGAAGGCGCUGUGGCUGGUGUCGGCUCGCCACGACCGCAAGGUGAACCUCAACGACCUCGCCAAGAAGCUGGGUGUCGGCAGCGGCAACCUGCGCUUCGCGGAGGAGGCGGCCAUGCUGGAGAAACUCAAGGUGGGUCAGGGCUGCGCGACCGCUCUCGCCCUGCUCUUCGACAGGGACCGCAGUGUGAGGUUCGUCCUGGACCGGGACCUGGUGGAGGGAGGCCACGAGCUGGUCUACUUCCACCCCAUGACCAACGCCGCCACCGUGGGGCUGCGCCCGGACGACCUGCUGCGCUUCCUCAAGGAAACGGGACACAAACCCGUGCUGGAGAGCUUCGAGUAGGACUAAACCCGAGCAGCCUGCAGCGGUUAAACUGGGACGUGGAAAUGAGUCAAAAUAUGAGUUCCUUUUAGAAGGAUUGCAAGUGAUGGAACCGGGUCCGUCGUCGGAUUUGUUUUACACAUUACACACUUUUGGGGCCAAAAUAGUUCAUUCAGAUCAACCACAAAUAUGUCUCUUCAUGGCAAGUUAUCAUUACUACGUAUGUAAUGAUUUAAAAGGCGCUGGAAUAUUUCAAUUAUGUGAUAUGUGUAUAUUUAACAUCAUUUUAAUUGUUCAUUUUUUAAAAAUUGAAUCACGGUGAAACGUUAAAAGUCUUCAGAGGGACGUUCAUUUAGUUUCAAACAAAUUGAAAUUCUGAAGAUGGUGAACAUAAAGGAAAUAUUUUGACUGUUGGUUUGUUGGAUGUUUGUUAGAGAAGCAGACUUUGUGGAUUUCCAUGUUUAAGCUCAGUAAAAAAAAAAUUCUUUUGAUUGUUUCAGCCUCACUUUUUCCUCCUUUCUUUUUACUUUUGAGACAUUUAAAUGCCAGAGAAUUUUGAUAAUAAACGUUUGAUUAGGUUGAUCUGCUGUUGCUGCAGGCAAUCUGUGGUGGCUGUGAGGGACGCUUUAGCCUCUAGGGGGGGCCAUGUACUCAAUGGAAGGAAUGUUGUACGUCUCAUAAGGCACUACGUUUAUGAGCUGUGACUAAUGGCUUUACUAAUUAUUAAUACAUUAUUGAAACAUCAUUUUUAAAUCAAUACUGAACCAUGAUGCCGAGUUUGGACCAAAUAUAAUUUCUGUCUAAAUGUCCUAUAUCUGAUUUGCACUUUUUAUAUUAGUCGGUAUCAAUCUGUAUGUAUUUGAAUAUUCCUUCUUAGAUUCAUCAAUUAAAACACAGAUAUGUAAUUACUUUGUAAUUGACCAAACAUUAAACAGUAGCUGUACUUGAAAUAUAUGGAUCGAUAUGAACAGUAAGCUCAA